ACUAGCUCGAGCAGGGCUGGGCUACACGGGCGCGUUCUCGGGGGCGGGAGGGGUAGUCCCGGUCCCGGCUUUCCGCGCGGGUGGGCUCGGAGCAGGCCGCACCGGGCGGGAAUCCCACUCCCACCCCGGAGGCCCCCUGCCCUUUCUCCCCCUUUUCCCCCGGCCCAUGGUGCAAGGCUGGGAGCCGCCGCCCGGGCCGGACCGCGCUAUCUCUGAAGGGCACAAAUCAGAAAGCAUCAUGCCUCCUAAUAAAGAGGCCAGCAGUCUUAAUACCUCCCCUGCGGGGCUCAUCUGCCUCCCUCCAAUCUCCGAGGAGCUCCAGCUUGUGUGGACCCAAGCAGCCCAGACCAGUGAGCUGGAUGGCAAUGAACACCUGCUACAAACCUUCAGCUACUUUCCCUAUCCCAGUCUAGCAGACAUUGCCCUUCUCUGCCUACGCUAUGGGCUGCAGAUGGAGAAAGUCAAGACUUGGUUCAUGGCCCAGCGCCUCCGCUGUGGCAUUAGCUGGUCAUCUGAAGAAAUAGAAGAGACUCGAGCCCGGGUGGUCUAUCACAGGGACCAACUCCAUUUCAAAUCCCUUCUCUCUUUUACUCAUCAUGCAGGGCGGCCCCCAGAGGAGGUGCCUCCUUCUCCAGUGCCGCCUCCAGAACAAGUUAGUCUUGGAAUAGUGCCCUUGACUCUUACUGAGCCCAUCCAGGUGAAAGGAUUGAAGGUAGAGCCCAAGGAAUCCCCAGAGCCAUUGAGUCACCACAAAGCAAAGGAGCCCCUGAUGGCGCCUGGCAGUGGGGCAUUCUCCCACCAAUCAGAAUUUUGGCAGGAUCUUCAAAGCAGUGGCUUCUCUAAGGAGCAGGCAGGCAGGUGUCCUGGCCAGUCACAUGGCCUAGGUACUGCUUCCUGGAACCACUCCACAGCUGCCCACCAGCCACGUACUCGGGAUAAGCCCCCGCCAAUCUCAUUACUUGCCAGUAGUUGUAAGCCGGGGUCAGCGUCUAAUGUGACUCCUUCUUCCUCUACCUCUUCUUCCUCUUUCCAGGUACUGGCUAAUGGAGCUACAGCCACCUCUAAACCCAUCCAGCCACUGGGCUGUAUCCCACAGCCACUGUCACCCACUGAACAGGCACUACCCUCAUAUGUGGAGCCAGUCUCGCCCCAGAGGCUAAGGCAUAACUCAGUACUAGGUAGGGUUGGGCCUGCAGAGUACCUUUCCCCAGAUACACGCCAGCGAAAGACCAAGCGCAAAACCAAAGAGCAGCUGGCUAUCCUCAAAUCGUUUUUUUUACAGUGCCAAUGGGCACGGCGUGAGGAUUACCAUAAAUUAGAACAGAUCACUGGUUUACCCCGGCCUGAGAUCAUUCAGUGGUUUGGUGACACACGCUAUGCCUUGAAGCAUGGGCAACUAAAAUGGUUUCGGGACAAUGCAGUACCUGGUACCCCUAGUUUCCAGGACCCAGCAAUGCCCACACCACCGCCUUCAACCCGCUCCUUGAAUGAAUGGGCUGAGACACCACCUCUGCCGAUACCCCCACCUGCACCAGAUAUACGUCCCUUGGAGAAGUACUGGGCGGCCCACCAACAGCUCUGGGAAAGUGACAUCCCUCAACUGAGUCAGGCAUCAAGGCUUAGCACCCAGCAGGUCCUGGAUUGGUUUGAUUCUCGAUUACCUGAGCCAGCUGAGGUGGUGGUUUGUCUAGACGAAGAAGAGGAAGAGGAGGAGGAAGAACUGCCAGAUGAUGAGGAUGAAGAGGAGGAGGAGGAGGAAGAUGACAGCGAUGAAGAUGUGAUCAUACAGGACUGAACGGGGGGGCUAUGGGAGGGGAGGUCUGUUACUAAAAGAUGAACCAACUUAGUAACUGUUUAAACAAACCACAUUUUAAAAAUUACCUUGUGGCAAAGAACUUGAAAAGCUUUGUGUUCUUGAGGUUGGGGGACAGGGAUGUAGCAAUGGUGGACCAGGGAGGACGAGUGUAGGGGCACAAAGUGAGGCAGGGAACUGAAUGGGCAGAAAUGCAGACCUCCAGCCUCAGUGAAGAGAGUGCUAAGGAUCUGGUCCAAAUUGGGGGCUGGGUAAAGGCUCUUGCUGUCCUCAUAUCUGCUGUCCUUUUCCCUUAGUGUGCUACAGAGAGGCCAUAUCCAUAGGAGGAUUGGAAAGCAGGAGUAAAGAAUUCUGAUUUAACUGAUGAUUUCAGUGUAUCCCCUAGUCCCACUUUUCGCUGGAAUAUAAGGCUGCCUUGCACCCCUCCUUUCCUCUCUCAGCACAAGUCCAUGCAUGAUGCAGCUAAGAAUAUCAGUCUGCCACAGUCUCACAAAUAUUUCCUCUUCCUCAUACCACCUUGACUUGAUAUAUUUUACCUGCUUCAUGACUGAGUUACACAGGAAGCAGAAUGUUUUCAUUUCUGAUACUGGGACCACUUUGCCUUGUACCUUUUUCUCUUUCCAAAAUUCCCAUUCUGUUCACUAUGUCUCAGGGUAAAUCUUCCCCCACGGAGCUUGUGAAAAAGUUUAAUAACUGGGUGGAGAAUAAUUUAGACUGGAUAUUUAUUGGAGGUGGGAAUUAGGGGAGAUGUCCUUUUAAAAAAAGUAGAAUUAGGUUACAGAGGGAUAGAGGAGAUGGAAUGGUUUCUACUGUUCAGAGGACUGCAGGUAGGCUCCAGGUUUGGUUUUACAAGCCUGACACUCCCUCCUGCCUAGCUUGACAGAUUUUUCAUCUUUUUGGUGUUGGUUCAAUUUGUAUCCAGAAGAGAGACCUCUCUAUAGCAUCUGUCUUGAGGACAGAGGGACCAGGUCUUGAACUGAAUUUAUUGAUGUUUUAGAAUGGUUUUCAUCGGGGUCAGAUAUAAAGAUAUCAAUGGGUUACCCAUCUAGACACAAGAGUGGAAGCACCAAAUUGCUAAAAUAAUAAUAAAAAGGCCAAAAACAAAAUUGUUUCUCCUCCACUUUGCCACUUCUAUGGUUUAGAGAUUAAUGGAGCCAGAUCCAUUAACAUUCUGAUCUAGUACUUUUAUUUUUGAAGCCUUGGGAUAUAUUGAGACAAACUAGAGGCACACAAUCUUUGAAAGGCAGUAGAUCAGUAUCUCUCACUAUGCAGAUUGUUUCCUGCACCUGCUACAGCACAUGCUCUUGCUCAGAAUAGGUGUGUCUAGAAAUGCCUUUAAAAAUAAAUUCAGAGUUCCAGAAAGGGUAAUGAGUUCAGCUACGAGGUCAUUCCCAAGACCUAAUUUAUUUCUGGCAGAUGCUUGCUCUCUUUACAUUUUCCUAAUAUUUUUGCUUAAGGUCUGCCUGCCAGUGGUCCACUCAUUUAAUUUCUCAUUUCUACCCCUUAGUAGCCAAAGAAGAAUAAAUACUUGAUCUCAGCGGCAGUGUUCUUUGCCCCUCCCACCAUUCUAGAGCUUGUAACACCAGUAGAGCUGCAGUGGCAAUAAAAGGGCAUCUUUUAUUACUUA